AAAUGGCUUCUAAAUUUUGGAGUCGAUUUUGGGGGAAAGAGAGUGAGAAUGUUUCCACGGAACAAGCGAUUCAAAAAUUACGUGAUCUGGAGGAUUUGUUAAAUAAAAAAUCAGUUUAUCUAGAAGAAAAUAUUCAACAAGAAACUGAAAAGGCGAGGAGCGCAGGAUUUAAAAACAAACGAGUUGCCUUAAAAGCCUUGAAGAAAAAGAAAAACUUUGAAAAACAGCUGACCGAGGUUGAUAAUACUCUGUCAACCAUUGAACUACAGAGGGAAGAUUUAGAAAAUGUGGGUACCACGAGCACCGUCCUUCAAGUCAUGAAAACCGCCAAGGAAGCUCUACAGAAGGCUAAUCUAAAAUUAGAUGUAGAUAAAAUACAAAACUUAAUGGAGGAUAUAGAGGAACAGAGGGAACUGGCACGAGAGGCUCAAGAAGCCCUAAGCAUGCGUAUUGGUCCAGAUGAUGACGAUGAACUGGAGGAAGAAUUGCGUCAGAUGAUGGAAGAAGAAGAAGUUGAUGAUCUUACAAAAGAGUUGAUGAAGUUAGGACCGGUUCCUGUUAAGUCUGUAGAUGAUCCCUUUCUGCCAGAUGAAGGAUCAAAAGUCCACAGGAAAAAAAGUAAGGGGGAAGAAGACGAUGGUCUUCGAGAACUUGCUGCGUGGGCUAAUUAA